UUCCUGUUUGUGCAAUUAAAUGCUGGAGGUUUCCAGGGGGGCGACAGAGAGGGACUUCGGCGAGGACAAAGCGAGACGUCGGCGCGUGGCGCACAUGGGCAGGAUGCUGAGAUCGAUUCAGCAGCGAAGAAAUAAUUGUUUCACACGAGCGUAGCCUCGCUUUUCAUAAGAUUACCUCUAUUCCUACAUAAGACAGCAGUCUGACCGACCAAAAACAAGAGAGCUGGCACCCUCGCAGACAAUACAAAGCGCUGGAGUUUUUUUUUUUCUCUGCUCCAUUUAACUGAGUAAAGUUAUUUAAAAGGCACAUUUUUUAUUUUCUCUUACCAUUCGAUAAAUAAACCGGUCCUCUCAAUUCUGUGUUUAUAAGUGGAGUCAUUUGCAAAUUGCAAUGGGGGAUCCUUGCGCCUGCAAUCUGUAAUCUGAUCCCGGACACCGAGAGCCGGCGCUGAGGUUUGCCCAGCUGCGCAUUGCAGCUGAGCGCUUCUGGUGCAGCAGAUCGGCAGCAGCAUGGAGCAGUUCGAGGCUGAAGAAGAUGAGCCAUGGUACGACCAGCAGGACCUGGAGCAGGAUUUGUACCUGGCAGCGGAGCUGGGGAAGACAUUGCUGGAGAGGAACAGGGAAAUGGAGGACUCUCUGCAGGAGAUGUACCUCACAAAUGAGGAGCAAGUGCGAGAGAUUGAGUACCUUUCCAAGCAGGUGGAGAUCCUGCGGGAAACGAACGAACAGCACGCCAAGGUGUACGAGCAGCUGGAUGCCAGCGCACACAAGCUGGAGCUGACGAAUCAGACGCUGGUCCUGGAGGGUAAGACCUCGCAGCAGAAGAUUGACAGAUUGACAGGCACCAUGGAGACAUUGCAAGCACAGGUGGACUCCCUGACGGCCCGGGUGGAGGAACUACGCUCCAUGGAGCAGCUGAGAGCUCGAGGAGAGUGGAAUGAGAAGGAGAGGAGCAGACGCUCCUUCCCCUGCCUGCAGGAGCUCUGUUCUCCCAGGCAUAAAGGUGGCACUGUGGGGACCCCUGAGGCUGAAUGGCACUCGCUGGAGGAGGAAAAUGCAGGCUUGCGUGAGGUGGUGGCUGCCCUGCAGGCAGCCAUAUGCGCGGAGCGUGCGCGGCGUGAGGGUGCACAGAGGGAGUUUGCUCGCGUGCUCCAGGAGUCCGCACACCUGGAAGAGCGCCUCCUGGUGGCCGAGGGCUGCAUGCGACACGUGCAGGAGCUGGAGGUGGAGCUUCGGGAGUUGCGGGAGCUGGGUGGCGCUGAUGGGCUGGACAGCAGCGGUGUCAGCAGCACGGCUGCUGUGCUGGGAGAGGAGCGAGCCCAGGCAGAGGGUGCUGAAGUUACUGCCAAGGGGGGUGUAGCUGAAUCGGUGCAUAAGAGCUGUAGCGACACGGCGCUGAACUCCAUGGGGGGUCGAUAUUCGCCAGGACGCAAGCCAGGUGGAUAUGGGCCACGCGCCAAUGGUUUGCCAGGACAGGGUGUGUCUAUCCUGCGUGAGGUGGAUGAGCAGUACCACACUCUGCUGGAGCGCUACGAGGACCUGCUCGGAAAGUGCCGACGCGGCCACGGUGGUAUCCAUCACGCCGGCGUGCAGACCUCCCGGCCUGUCUCCCGAGACCCUUCUGCCCGAGACUGUGCCUCCCUCGCACCCCCCGCCUCCCCCGAGCCCCCGGAGACUGCAUGCGAACACCUGGGUGCUGGACACAGCCAGGCGGCCCAGAAUCCCCCCGAGUAUAAGGCACUUUUCAAAGAAAUCUUCUCCCACAUCCAGAAGACAAAGUCGGAGGCAAAGUCCCCAAAAAAGACCAAGAGCAGCAAAUGACAUCACUCUUCCUGUUCAAUCACAACUGGGCGCCCAGUAAAGCACCAUUGUUCUCUCUUUUCCUUUGUUCACUAAAGAUAGUCUUGUUGGCUCUGUAAUAAGAGUUGAUGGUAGAAAACAUUGCAUUUUCUUCUCUAGUCUAUUUUUGUCUUCCAUACUUCCUAACUGAAUUUAGUCUCUGACAUAAUGGAAAACUACAAAGCACAUAAUUACAUAAGCAUGGCUGUAUUUCCAGUAUGCAAAUCAUAGUUACCGCCGCUGAUAUCCUGCACCAGCUCCAGUGGUUUUGCCUAAUGGAGCCCAUCAGUCAUGUGGAUAGAAGGAUGUAUUUUACCAUGUUUGGACAUGAUAGGAGUCUGUGCUGUUGUUUUAUGUGUAACAUUGACCUUGUGAGGUUAUUCAAAAAAAUUCUGAUUUACUUACAAUGUCCUAGUUUGGCUUAAAAUGUAAGAAGGAUCAUACUUCUAUUUGUGUGGAGGGGGGUGUCUAAAAUCAUUUUAACUUAAAAUAAAUAAUAUAAUGAUCAAAA